CCCCCCGAACUCUGGUUACAAAUCCUCGCUCUUUUGCCCAUGACAGAAAUGUAUAUAAACCCCCAGAAAAGCAGAUGCACUUGAAAAGACAGGUACGGGGGGCAGGGGCUGGGUAGCCCCUCCACGGGCGCUGGAGUUGGCGAGGCUGGUGCUGAGAAGAGCGCGCUCCUGGGGUCCCUGGCAGCUGGAUUACCGGUGCGAGCGGGUUUAGGUGCAGGCUUUGAUUGUUUCUUUCCCCCUCGCAUGCCUGGAUCAAGCGGCUGCGGCUGCUGAUCUGAAACUGCCCCCUCGCCUCGCCAUCCCCUUCGGCAGCGCCUGGGAUCAUGCUGCUGCUGCUGGGCAUCUCUGGGCUGUGCCUAGCGGUCCUGCCCUCGCUCUGCUCCCCCCUGGAGAGCGAGAUCGUGACCCCGCUCCGCUUAGACCCGGACAUCAAUGGCCGGCAAUAUUUCAAAAGGGGCCCGGAGGAGCCCAGCCCCCAGGGGGUGAUUUUCCAGAUCACCGCUUUCCAGGAGGAUUUCUACUUGAACCUGACUCCAGACGCGCAGUUCAUUGCGCCCGCCUUCGCCAUCCACUACCUGGGCGCAUCCCCCAGCGCGGCCAGGGAGCGCCCCGACCUCAGGCGCUGCUUCUACUCCGGAGAUGUCAACUCCGACCGGGAAUCCUUCGCAGCCCUCAGCCUCUGCGGGGGACUCCGGGGGGCUUUCGGGUACCGAGGGGCUGAAUAUCUCAUCAGCCCGCUCCGGAAUGACACCGGGAACGGGGCGCUGCGGAACAGCCAGGGGGAGCACCUCUUGCAGCGCAGGAGCGCGCCUAUCCAAGCCGGAGACCCCACCUCCAGGUGCGGCGUGGGCUCCAGCUUGAACCCGGCCAUCCUGCAAGCUCUGGAGAAAUACAAAGGCUCCCAGCAGCAGCGGAAGAAGCAGCUGAACGAGACCAGGCUGCCCAGGAAGAGCGGCCGCUCCAAGCGCUUCGUCUCCAUCCCCAGGUACGUGGAGACGCUGGUGGUGGCGGACGAGUCCAUGGUGAAGUUCCACGGGGCUGACUUGAAGCACUAUCUGCUCACCCUCAUGGCCACGGCGGCCAGGCUCUACAAGCACCCCAGCAUCCUCAACCCCAUCAACAUCGCGGUGGUCAAGUUCCUGGUCAUCGGCCAGGAUGACAAGGGGCCCAAGGUCACCGGGAACGCGGCGCUCACCUUGCGGAACUUCUGCGCCUGGCAGAAGAAGUGGAACAAAGUGAGCGACAAGCACCCCGAGUACUGGGACACCGCCAUCCUCUUCACCAAGCAGGAUCUGUGUGGUGCCACCACCUGCGACACCCUGGGGAUGGCCGACGUUGGCACCAUGUGUGACCCCAAGCGCAGCUGCUCGGUCAUCGAGGACGACGGGCUGCCAUCCGCCUUCACCACGGCUCACGAGCUGGGGCACGUGUUCAACAUGCCCCACGACAACGUGAAGGUCUGUGAGGAAGUCUUCGGCAGGCUGAAGACCAACCACAUGAUGUCACCCACCCUCAUACAGAUCGAUCGCGCCAACCCCUGGUCGGCCUGUAGUGCCGCCAUAAUCACCGACUUCCUGGACAGCGGGCACGGGGACUGCCUGCUGGAUCAGCCCAUCAAGCCCAUCUCGCUGCCGGAGGACCUCCCUGGGGCCAGCUACAACCUCAACCAGCAGUGCGAGCUGGCCUUCGGCCUCGGCUCCAAACCCUGCCCCUACAUGCAAUACUGCACCAAGCUCUGGUGCACGGGGAAAGCCCGGGGUCAGAUUGUUUGCCAGACGCGCCACUUCCCCUGGGCCGACGGCACCAGCUGCGGGGAGGGGAGGUUCUGCCUGAAGGGCACGUGUGUCGAGAGGCAUAACAUCAGUAAGUACAGGGUGGAAGGCAGCUGGGGGAAGUGGACCCCAUACGGGCAGUGCUCUCGGACCUGCGGUGGGGGAGUCCAGCUAGCCAAGCGCGAGUGCAACAGCCCAGCGCCUGCCAAUGGAGGGAAGUACUGCGAAGGUGUCCGAGUCAAAUACCGCUCCUGUAACCUCGACCUUUGUUCUGAGUCAGAGCUAGGAAAGAGUUUCCGAGAGGAGCAGUGCGAGGCUUUCAACGGCUACAAUCACAGCACCAACCGGCUCACCGCCACCGUCUCUUGGGUCCCCAAGUACUCGGGAGUCUCGCCUCGGGACAAAUGCAAGCUCAUCUGCAGAGCUAAUGGCACCGGUUACUUCUACGUGUUAGCUCCUAAGGUUGUGGAUGGCACUCCCUGCGCGCCCGAAUCCACCUCGGUCUGCGUCCAGGGCAAAUGCAUCAAAGCGGGAUGCGACGGCAAGCUGGGCUCCAAGAAGAAGUUUGACAAGUGCAGCGUGUGUGGAGGAGACAACAAGAGCUGCAAGAAGGUCUCGGGCUUGUUCACCAAACCCAUGCACGGCUACAACUUUGUGGUGACCAUCCCAGCAGGAGCCUCCAGCAUUGACAUCAGGCAGCGGGGCUACAAGGGCCUAAUCAGCGACGAUAACUACCUAGCUCUGAAGAACGGCCAAGGCAAGUAUCUGCUGAACGGGCACUUCAUUGUCUCGGCUGUGGAGAGGGACCUGAUGGUGAAGGGCAGCGUGCUGCGGUACAGUGGGACGGGCACGGCGGUGGAAAGCCUCCAGGCCUUCAAGCCCAUCCAGGAGCCGCUGACCGUGGAGGUGCUGUCAGUGGGGAAGAUGACUCCACCACGUGUGCGCUACUCCUUCUACCUGCCCAAGGAGAGCAAAGACGACAAGUCCUCUUACCGGAAAGACGGGAAAAGCCCGCCUCUGCUCAACAACCACGUCCUGAGCAUGUCCAACCGCUUGGAUCCGGGCAGGCCGAAUUACAAACGUGUGUCCUACAAGUGGGCGGCCAGUGGUUGGGAGGCCUGUUCCGUCUCCUGCGGCAACGGGCUGCAGAAGCGCUCCGUACACUGUCGCGACUCCUACGGCCAACUGGCCUCCGUGUGCGAUGCUGCCCAGCGGCCCAUCGAUGUCAGGAUAUGCGGCGACCCCUGCCCCACGUGGGAGGUGAGCCCCUGGUCCCCCUGCUCCAAAACCUGCGGCCGGGGCUUCAAGAGGCGCAUGUUGAAAUGCACGGCGCGGGCCGGCCAACUCUUGCCUCGGGAUCGCUGCAACCUCAGGAAGAAGCCUCAGGAGCUGGACUUCUGCACCCUGAGGCCGUGCUGACCCCGCGGGCGCUGCUUCCAAAGAAGGCCUGGUGUCUCUCUGGCUGGAGAUAAAUGGCUGAAGGCUGAACAGCAGCUGGGGGGAGGGUGAGGGGGAGCUGUCUGAGGUGAGGGGUCUGUUACAUAGGGCAUAUCAGUGGACAAAGGACUUGUACGCAGGGCGAGAGCGUGCACAUGUGAGAGGGGCCCAGUGUGGUGUUAUAGAACAGGUUGCUCAGAGAUGGAGUAAAAUAAACAUCUACCUCGAAGCUGCCAAACGGUCCAGGCUCCCUCCCCAUCCAGAGGAUGCUAUGGGCGUGAGGGGGAAGGACAGGAACGAGGGCAGGAUUGGUCUCUGGGGACUGCUCUCCGGGAUCCACCAAAACACCAAGGACAACAAGAGUGUGUUUCUAUAUCGCCAUGGCCAGCCUCCCUCUAGGCUUCAAAGGGUCAUGCCCCAACCUCCGAAACACUAGUGCUAGAUGGGACCAAAAGGAAUUACCAUUGCAAGAAUGACAAACUAUACUGCUUAACGACCGGUGCAAUAAAGUGCUGGGGUCUAUUAAGAACUGAUGCCUUCAGGGCUUGCUAGCAAUGACUCCGCAGCCGAUGUGUUGCUGCUCUCCACACUUGGGCAGCAGCGUUGUCAUGCAGGGCUGUAUGCGGGUCAUUGAUCGGCGGCUUUUGCUUUUCAUGUGUAUGGACCGAACAACGUAGAUUCUUAUGGUGCUUAAUAUCUGUAUUUUUAUUCUCCUUCCUCGUGGUUGACGCAAACCCUGCGUACCUGGGGUCAUUUUGUCAUUUUUCCAUUGGAUCCUCUCAGAAGACUAUGCCUCUUUAUGGUGCUUUGAGAAGGGUGUGUGAAGGGGCAGUGUGUCGCUAAUACAAGGUGGGUAUGUGUUUUAAAGAAACCUCUUUAGAUCAAAUACCAUUUACACGUAGGUCCCUUUUUGCUCUGUUAAUAAUGUAAAGGUGCCUUAAAAUGAGCACAACUUGCAUUCCCACGACCCCUUUACACGGCUGAAGCUUAAUGGGAUCUCGGUGUAUGUGAGAAUAUGGCUUUAAUUCUAGGAGGUAUUGCACAAUGGUGCCCCACCACAGUGCUUCCUGUUGGAAGAAUGAGAAACGCUGCCAAGAGUAUUCUAUGCGUGACUACCACGGGUGGCAAAUACCGAGUCUUUUUUUGAAACGGUGCUCAGUGUAUGUCACUAACUGUCACGUCGUGCCCAGUACUCGCACUCUCCUAACAUCUUUGUUCAGGGUUAUUUCUCAAAAACACAUAGAGAUCUUUGGUGCUGAAGUAUAAAAGAAAUGGGGACUAACUCUCCUCCCAGAAGAUGAUGGCGUGGGCCUUUCUGGCCUUAAAAUCUAUGCUACGUACCCUGCUUAAGCCCAUCUCUAAUUUUAUGGGUGUGUCUAUCCUGCAAUUGUGGAGCGUGAUUACAUCUUGUGCAGACAUACCUGAGCUAGCUUUAAUCUAGCAAGCUCGGGUCCCGGAGCAGUGACGCUGCAGUAAUGAAUGCUUCAGCCCAGGCUAGCAUCAGCAGGGGUCCAAGAAGGCUUGGACAACCCGUGCUGAAGCACAAACCAGCACAGUUUCAUUUCUCCAGGACUCAGAUUAGCUAGACGGAGGGUAGUUUGUGUAGGUCAACUCAAGCUAUAAUCACACCCUGCGAUUGCAGGAUUCCACCGGAUUGGCAGGCAGCGAUCAAUCCAGCAGGGAUCAAUUUAUUGCGUCUAGUCUAGAUGCGAUAAAUCGACCCCUAAGCGCUCUCCCGUCGCCUCCUGUACUCCAGCUCGGCGAGAGGCACAGGCGAAGUCGAUGGGAGAGCGUCAGCUGUCGACUUACUGCAGUGAAGACACCGCAGUAAGUAGAUCUAAGUACGUCGACAUAUUCACGUAGCUGAAGUUGCAUAACUUAGAUCGCUACCUUCCCCCCCUGCCCCCAGUGUAGACCAGGGCUAAGUCUGCAAGUGUUCCCACUGGCAUCAAGGGGACAACUCACCGGUUUAAAGUGAGGCAUAUGCCUUGCUGAAUUGGGGCCCUUGGGGCCCGAUUUCCCCACCUGUUCAAUGGGGAUCACGAUACUUGCUCAUUUUUUGCAAAGGUUUUUGAGAUCUUAGCAUGGAAGAUACCAGAACAGGGGAAAGUAUUUUUUAUUAUUGGCCCUUGGCUGGGUUGUAACUCAGGCGUUGAACCGAAGACCAACCGCCUUCCAGUGCCAGAGAACGGCAGCUAGCUGUAGACCCCCCCGCACGCUGAAGUGCAUGAACAACUCAUAUUCAAAUGUUGCUUGGCAAUGGGCUAAUUGUCAAUUCCUGCCCCUCUACUGGGCUCCCUAUGGCUCCAUCAUACCCUUUCUUACCAACAUGCCCCCUUCCAGCCAGCCCACUGGAUAUACUUUGAUAGGACACUCUUCUAGAGCGAGCUUGCCCUCACAAGCCCACCUCCCAAGUUUGGGCCCAGAACAGAGCAUCCAAAUCUCUUGUUUGAGCAUACAACUAUGUACUGAAGGGCACAAAGUCUGUCUCACAGGCAAAGUGCUGCACUGAGCAUCUGCAUGCCGAUGAUGAAUGGUCUGUCCAAGCCUUGCCCAUGGAUCAUUUUCCAGCCCCCAAGCCCUAUAUUAUCCAGAGGAUUCCCUCUGAUGUUGGGAUGCGAGCAACAGUAGUUAGGGAAUGUCUUGUGAGGCAGCCUCUCCAGUCUAUGGGGAAGAUGAUUCUUCCUUGUCCCACUAAAGCAAGUAGGAAUUCGGGCAUCGACUUGGGUGGGACGGGACUGGGCCCAAAGAUCUCUGGGCUUCAAAAUAACCCCACCUGGAAAUUCAACAGAUUUUUUAUUACAAAGGGAGUUAACCACACCUAAUGCUGGAUUUCAGAUCAAGGAACUAUAGCACUGGGAUUAUAGACAGUUCUUCAAUGGCAAAACCCCUUUCUGAUGGAUAGAUUUAGGGCUUCGGGGCUGGAUCCUCCUCUGGUGUAAAUCAGCAUAGGUCUGUUGCCUUAAUUACGCCAUUGACUUUGAUAGAGCUACACCAAAUUACACCAACUCUCUCUCCCCACUGUCCUUCACUGAUGCUGUGCAGAAUGGAUGAUGGGGCUUGUUGUUACCUAACUCCAGCUGUGAUUCAGCACUGCAUCUUAUCCUAUUUAAAGGCCCUGGUUAACAUAAGCCGAUAUCUCCUUAAAAAUGCACCCAGUCUCCAGAACAAAUCGGCUCUUGAGUGUUCACUUCACUUUUCUUCCCAGUGUUUAAUGAUCAAUGAGCAUUGAUAAGAUAGUGUCAACUCUCAGCAUUCCCAUAAUCUCUCAUGAUAUAAAAUUAGUAUCAGCAUAGGGGAGAGAGAACUUGGACUGGUUGGUUACUGGUUACAGAAGAGAAAUAAUAUGUUUUAGUGGGAUAGGAUCAAGAGAAAGGAAACGAAAUCCCAUUGGGCAAGCGGUCACCAGAGUUGUCAAAGAGUUCUGCACUAGGCCAGACUGGACCAGGCCCUAGACCAAUCAGUGUCUGUAUGUAACACUUCUACUUUACCUCUUUCCCUGUCUUAGAGUCCACCCCUCAUCCUUAGGAAUAUACAUUAUGUUUAUUGGUGGGUUUGCUGUGUCUAGCACAGCUGACCCCCUACCAGUUCCAGUUGUGUAGCUGGUCCUGAAGGGCUGCCCUUUGUGUCUUUCCAUCGAAAAGAAUUGGUUCCCAACACCAUCAAGAAUUGUCACAGUUGUGGGGGGCG